AUGAUACUCAGAACUUUGAAAAAUAAACAACGAACUCAAAUAAAAUAUAUUAAAACCUUGUUAAAAACAAACAAAAGUACGCCUUUUUAUAGAGCAUUGACCUCUUGUACUUUAAAUUGUUUAAACAAAGAAUCACACCAUGCCAUUAGUUCAAUUGGUAUCAAAAAUGGUGUAAAAACCUUUAGUACCAAAUCAUAUUUAUCCAAAUCUAGCGAAACACCGUUCAACAAGUUAACACCGGAACAACAGGAACUUUUAAUAGAGGAAAGAGCUGUUGAUCUAGUGGAUGUUUGUAUUGUUGGUGGUGGUCCAGCUGGAUUAGCUACUGCUAUAAAAUUGAAACAAUUGGAUGCUGAAACUCAAAAGUUAAGAGUUGUUGUUUUAGAAAAAGCUAGUGACUUUGGUGGUCAUUCUGUAAGUGGUGUUAUUUUGGAACCUAAGGCCUUAAAAGAGCUAUUUCCUGAAGAAGCGAAUAAUAAUGCUACUGGGAUCCCAUUGCCUGAACAUUUGGUAACCAAAGUCCAACACGAACAACUAAGAUACCUAUUAGAUAGUUUUGGCGCAAGUAUACCUGUCCCUGAACCACCUCAAAUGGUCAAUAAAGGUAAAAAUUUCAUUGCAUCAUUGAGCCAAGUUACCAAAUAUUUAAGUGAAAAAGCUGAAGAAUUAGGUGUGGAGACCUAUCCUGGAAUUUCUGUCAGUGAAUUAAUAUACGAUAAAUCCGGUGAAAAGGUUAUUGGUGUAGCCACUAGGGAUAUGGGUAUUGGAAAAAAUGGGGAACCAAAGGAUUCAUUUGAAAGGGGGAUGGAAUUUCAUGCUAGACAAGUUGUCUUGGCUGAGGGUUGUCAUGGCUCUCUAACAAAACAAGCCAUCAAGAAAUUUGGUUUAAGAUCCAAGUGUGAUCAACAAUCCUAUGGUUUAGGUGUCAAAGAAGUAUGGGAAGUUUCGCCGGAAAAAUUCAAAAAGGGGUUUAUUGCUCACACUAUGGGCUAUCCGUUAACUAAUGAUGUUUACGGUGGUGGUUUCAUGUACCAUUUUGGUGAAAAUUUAGUGGCUGUUGGUUUAGUUGUUGGUUUGGAUUAUAAAAACCCAUAUGUUUCACCAUAUAAAGAGUUUCAAAAAAUGAAACAGCACUCGUAUUAUAAAAGUGUUUUGGAAGGUGGGAAAUGCAUCGCAUAUGGUGCCCGUGCCUUGAACGAAGGUGGGUUCCAAGCUGUGCCAAAAUUAUAUUUCCCAGGUGGAUUAUUAGUUGGGGCUUCAGCCGGUUUCAUGAAUGUUCCUAAAAUUAAAGGUACUCAUACGGCUAUAAAAAGUGGUAUGUUAGCUGCCGAAGAGAUUUAUAAGGUAAUCUCUAAAUUGCCUCAAUUGAAAACAGAGGACGAGGAAGUUGAAGAAGAGGUAGAUAAUUCUGCAGCUAGCGAGGAAGUUGAAGAAGAGGUAGAUAAUUCUGCAGCUAGCGAGGAAGUUAUUUAUUCUUUAGAUAAUGAACCAACCAUUACAUUGACAAGCUAUGAAAGCGCGUUCAAAAAUUCGUGGAUUUAUAAGGAAUUGUAUGAAGUUCGGAACAUUAGGCCCUCAUUCAACACAGGUAUAGGUUGCUACUUAGGUAUGUGUUACUCAGGUUUGGAUGCUUUGAUAUUAAAGGGUAGAACUCCAUGGACUUUUCAUUUUCAUAAAGGAGGGGAUGGUAAAAUUACCAAGCUUGCUAAAGAAUAUUCCCCUAUCAAUUAUCCAAAGCCAGAUGGCAAAAUUUCUUUUGACAUAGCAACUUCUGUGUCUAGAACAGGUACUUACCAUGCGGAAGAUGAAAGAUGUCACUUAAGGGUCCCAGAUCAAGAUUUACAAAAACACGCUGAAAUUUCAUAUCCAAAGUAUAAAGGUAUUGAGCAAAAGUUUUGCCCAGCUGGUGUUUAUGAAUAUGUAGAAGAUCCGGAAUCACCAAUAGGGGUUAAGUUUCAAAUUAAUUCGCAAAAUUGUAUUCAUUGUAAAACUUGUGAUAUUAAAGUACCUACACAAGAUAUAAACUGGGAAGUCCCAGAGGGCGGUGAUGGUCCAAAAUAUACUAUAACUUAG